AUGCGAGGACUGUACCAACACCUCAAGAGAUCAGGGGGCCUCAGCGGGAGACAAACGGGGGGACAACAGAUCAUCGCCGAUGACAACGGCGUGCUGCUCCGGAACAAGGACGACAUCCUCCAGCGGUGGGCGAGAUUCUUCAGCACCCUACUCAACACCAAACCCCCCACCCUGAACCCAAACAUCAUCGAACGAGUGACGCAGCGGCCAGCGACACGUGACACUCAACGGUUGGGAGAGGUGCCAGAACUCGAGGAGGUGGCACGGGCAACGAAAGGCCUCAAGAACUGGAAGGCACCCGGCCAUGACUCCCUCCCUGCCGAGUUGCUCAAGAUCGAUGACGACGAACUCUUCGUCCUGGGACACCUCCAUACCAUCCUCGUCAAGAUAUGGAACGGAGGAGAUAUCCCGCGAGAGUGGAAGGAUGCAACCAUCAACGUGCUGUACAAGAACGGUGACCGGUCCAACUGAAACAACUACGGGGGGAUUUCGCUACUAUCUCAUGUAGGCAAGGUUCCCAUCAAGAUCAUCACCAACCGUCUAAGCGCCUUCUGCAAAGCCAACAACAUCCUCCUGGAGGAACAGUGCGCAUUUCGACCCGGGCGAUCCGCCGUCGACAUGCUGUUCGUCUUGCGCCGCCUCCAGGAGCUGGAGCUGAGAAAGAAAAUACCGCUCUAGAUGUGCUUCGUCGACUUGAAGAAGGCGUAUAAUUCGGUGGACCGAGAGAUGCUAUGGAAGGUGCUGGCCAGGGCCGGGAUUCUCGCGAAGCUGAUCGAGGUCAUCCGCCAGUUCCACGAUGGAAUGCGAGCCCGGAUGCGCAUGGACGACGGAGAACUAUCGGACUGGUCCUUCGUGACACAGGGCGUGCGACAAGGAUGUAUGCUAUCCCCACUGCUGUUCAACAUCUGCUUCGCCGAGGUCCUCGAGGUCGUUGUCAUCCGAUUCAGAGAGGAUGAUAAUGUUCUGCGGAGCCUGGUGUGCCUGGAGGAGGGGAAAACGGAAGCGGGGGGGGGA